UAGAGGAAGCACUAUCCGAGCUGAAAAAUCACCAUCGCAGUUAAAUUAAAGCUACAGCGACUUCUAAGAAAUGUAUCAGUCUACCUAAACAUUUCAGUCGUAAGAGAUUUAUCAACUGGUAUGCCGGGAACAGAAACUUGCUGUUGUUGUAAGACAGCUAAAGAAGGUUGUGUAGCAUGCGGAUUGUAUACUCUGUUGUUCUACCUGAUAAAGAUGUCUGUGGCUUCUUACCACAUCAGCCUUGGGACAGCCGCUUUUGUAUACUUAUUGUUCGCCAUUCUCGUCUGUAUCCUGUCAAUAUCGUGUGUUUUGUCUUCGAUCCUUCUUUUUGCUGGAAUAUUGACGAACAAUCGAACCCUACUGGUUCCCUGGAUGUGCUCUUUGUCAAUAACCACCUUAAUGGACGUUAUAAUGUGUUUCUACAUGUUUACUCAAGCGAGUUACAACCCCAUCUUUGGAGUGGUUUUUAUCAUCGAUGUGUUCAUAUGCUCAUUGAACGUUUAUUGCCUGCUUUGUGUAUCUUCCCGAUAUCAGGAUCUUUCCUUAGAACUUCACAAUGCUAAAUUUCAAGAAGAGCAGAGGGCUAUCUCCAUGCGUCGUCAAGGGACAUCUGAAGUACGAACCACAAAUGCUCCUUUAAAAAAAAACGAUGGUUCUUCUUUGCUUCCGGGUGGUCAGAGAAAAGGAUCAGCAUCAACAAACAACCAGUUACUUCCGGAAUUAAGUACCAUUUCAGAAGAGCGAAGUCUGAUGAAUUUCAAUCGGAAGCUGAGUACUGACGUCAGUUCCUUUGAGCCUGAUAGUCAAGCUCUGUCGCCUUCUGACGAUAAAAGAGCUUUUCCUUUAAGCUCUUCAUCUCCGACUCACUCUACUGAUGCCUACUGUGAUGAAGGCUUGGAAUGUAGAAAUGAAUGUUUGAGUUUGUUCACAAAAGAUGGUCACUUAUGUCCACCGCGUACAGGGAAUGGGUCGGUCUACUGCUCCCAGUUUGAGCUUGUUAACCUUUCUAUAUCUGAGGAGCCUUCUGAUACACACUUAUAAGGAAAUAUUUACAGCUGGUCUUCUAUUGCCUGUAAAAAGCAAUUCCAGAUCCCAAAUUUUAGAUGUUCACAAAAAAGCAUCUCGAAAGUUACUAUGUUCACUUGAUAUAAAACUUUAGUCUCAUUGUUGUAUUUUUUCAAGGGUUUAGAAGUUUCAAUAUGAAUAGUGUUAGCCGAUAAAACGUGAAGUAUUCUAGAUUUAUUAAAACAAUGAAAAUUCAAACAGUUUCAACUGUGCUUUCGUUCCAAGCACAUUCUUUCAUUAAGAACUAGAUGGAAUUACAGUGUUUUCUCAUUUAUUGUUCUAUAAAUGUAAACAAUUAACACUAUUCUUACCUUUUACGCUGUUGAUUAAUUGUUUGAAAUUAUAUUAGCGCUCAAAUAUUUUUAUUUCAUUUUUGAGGUAUUCAGAACUAAAGUAAGAGAAGUAUCAUUUCAUACCUCGUUCUAUAAUGAAAAAUAUGAUUAUAUGUUUGAAAAUAAAUCUUUAACAUUAAAGACGCGAUCUUAUUCUAUGACUAAAAAUAAAUAAUAAGGAAAAUAGAUAAAACUCCAGCUAGUUAAAAGUUUCCAAAAUCAUCUAUUUCUGUUUUUCCAUAAUUUUGUAGCUUCAUAAAUUAAGCUCUGCUUCUCACUCAGUACUGGUUCUCAAUUCGUCAUUGAGAUGAAGUUUGCUUUUGUGAAGAUUGUUCUGACAUUUCAUUAGCCACUCCUCUUAAAGAUCAAGUGAAAUUUAUUUACUUAUGUUAUUCUGUAGAAUUCCUAAGUAUUUCCAAAACCAGGUUAUAGUGUUUUACA